UGGCGGGGAAGGAGCUUGGGCCACUACUCUAAAUACAGUCUAGUCGCGAUGUCUCUUCUGGCUAGCGUCUCUUUUGUUUAUGGGCAAGCACGACCCACCAAACCUCAAAUCAAUAACCCCUUGACGCUUCUCUUCCUUCCCCACUAUCCAUCUUCUUCACAGACCACUUCGAAGACCUCCCCAGCAUUUUUGCUGUGAUUUCUUCUACAUCUUCCGCCGUUCAUCCAGCCCAAUCUCAUCACAACCGCAAAUAUGAGAGAAGUUAUUAGCAUCAACGUCGGUCAAGCCGGUUGCCAAAUCGCAAACUCUUGCUGGGAGCUCUACUGCCUUGAGCACGGUAUCCAGCCUGAUGGAUAUUUGACCGAGGAGCGCAAGGCCGCUGAGCCUGAUCAGGGUUUCAGCACCUUCUUCUCUGAAACUGGUCAAGGAAAAUACGUACCAAGAACCAUCUACUGCGAUCUCGAGCCCAACGUCGUUGAUGAGGUCCGAACCGGUACCUACCGCACCUUGUUCCACCCUGAGCAAAUGAUCACUGGAAAGGAGGAUGCCUCAAACAACUACGCCCGUGGUCACUACACUGUCGGAAAGGAGCUGAUCGACCAGGUUUUGGACAAGGUUCGCCACGUUGCCGACAACUGCUCUGGUCUUCAGGGUUUCCUUGUUUUCCACUCCUUCGGUGGUGGAACUGGUUCUGGUUUCGGCGCUCUACUCAUGGAGCGUCUCUCCGUCGACUUCGGCAAGAAGGUCAAGCUGGAGUUCUGCGUCUACCCAGCUCCACAAACCGCCACUUCCGUUGUUGAGCCAUACAACUCCAUUCUCACCACCCACACAACCCUCGAACACUCCGAUUGCUCGUUCAUGGUUGACAACGAGGCUAUCUACGACAUCUGCCGAAGAAACCUUGGUCUUGAGCGUCCUAACUACGAGAACUUGAACCGCCUCAUUGCUCAAGUUGUCUCUUCCAUUACCGCCUCCCUCCGUUUCGAUGGAUCCCUUAACGUUGAUCUGAACGAGUUCCAGACCAACUUGGUUCCUUACCCACGUAUUCACUUCCCUCUCGUCGCCUACGCACCAGUCGUCUCUGCUGCUAAGGCUUCCCACGAGGCCAACUCGGUCCAGGAGAUCUCCAUGUCCUGCUUCGAGCCGAACAACCAGAUGGUGAAGUGCGAUCCCCGCAACGGAAAGUACAUGGCUACCUGCCUGUUGUAUCGUGGUGAUGUUGUGACAAAGGAUGUUCACGGCGCCGUCGCAACUCUUAAGACCAAGCGAACUAUCCAAUUCGUUGACUGGUGCCCAACUGGCUUCAAGAUCGGUAUCUGCUACCAGCCACCUCAAAUGGUUCCCAACGGCGACUUGGCCAAGGUCAACCGUGCUGUCUGCAUGCUUUCCAACACUACCGCCAUUGCCGAGGCAUGGUCCGCUCUCUCUCACAAGUUCGAUCUCAUGUAUUCCAAGCGUGCUUUCGUCCACUGGUACGUCGGUGAGGGUAUGGAGGAGGGUGAAUUCUCCGAGGCCCGUGAAGAUCUUGCUGCGCUGGAGCGUGAUUACGAGGAGGUUGCGACGGAUUCUCUUGAAGGUGAUGAAGGAGCUGAAGCUGAGUACUAAGCGGAUUGCUUUGCUGAGUGAUAUGUUUAUCUCCUGUGGGAUCGCAUCAUACUUGGGACUUAGAUCUGGAACUUGAUUCAGCAACAUGAUGCUUCGUUUGGAGUGUUUGGAGCUUCGUCAUGUUCAGUAUGGGGUUGUUGGACCAACGUUUUUCUUUUUACUGCGGACUUUGCGAAGGAUUUCCUUCAACCAGAAUGAUCACCAACCCUCUUUGUAAUUCACACCGUAGUCAGUAGGCAAAUAAACUGUCGAUAAGCACAGCUCUGCCUGCACUUCAUACUGGUUACUUUUUAAUAUGCAUGCAAAUGCCAAUGGAUGAUUUCCGACACUGCAAAGGAACCUUGUGACCUGCAAGAAUAUGCAGAUGUAAAUGCAGGCUGCGGUGAAAGUGAUGAGAAAUUGCGUUGCUUUCCAACCAUUCGCUAUCCUCGGAGCCAGUAAAUCGUGAGACGGGCGGGAAUUGGUACGCUAGGCGGCAUCCCGCUAGGUUCGGGAGGUUGACC